AUGGAACGGAACGACGAAGAACUGCUCCUUCCGCGACCAGAGGUCAGGGUGGUGCAGGAAGAGCUGUCGGUCCCGUCCGACGUCGAAAUCACUGUUGAUCCACCUUCCGACGAAGGAGAUGAACCGCUGAAGGCCGCCGGAGGAGAGAGCAGCAAGGCACAAGUCUCCCUCCCGUGGAAGAUCCUGGUCAUCGUCUACGGCGUGCUGGUGGGCGACGCCAUCGCCUCCACCGUCAUCACUCCCUUCGUGCCAGACAUGUGCCGAACGCGGUUUGGUAUCGCCGAGGAGCAGGUGGGCAUGGCCUCGGGAGCCCUCAUCGGGGCGUACAGCUUGGCCUCGUUUGCCUCUUCCUUCUAUCUCGGGCAUCUCGCAGACAAGUACGGGCGGAAGCUGAUCGUGCUAUCGGGUCUCAUGUCGGGCGCGCUGGGCACUUUCCUCUUCGGCCUCUCCCCCAACUUUGCCCUCGCCUUUGUCUCACGCCUAUUCGCCGGAUUUUUCAACGCCAAUGUACCGGUGACGCGAGCGGUGUGCGCCGAUGUGACCGAAGGCCAGGCGCGCAUUCUGGCCUUUGCCUACAUCUCCGCCUGCUUCUCGCUCUCCCGCAGCGUGUCCAGUGGCAUUGGAGGCGCGUUCACGAACAUCGAUUUUGAGGGGGUGCCGGUGUUCGAGGACAACCGCUUCCUCUUCCCGUGCCUGGUGGGCGGGCUGCUCAACUUCGUCUCCUUCCUCACGGUCCUCUUCUUCCUGCCCGAGACCAACAAGGGCGCCAAGUCCGCAGACAAAAAGAAGGGCUCGCUCCGGGAGGGGCUGAAGGUGGUGCUCAAGGACUGGCUCAUGUCGAAGCUCAUCCUCGCGUCGUGCCUGGGGUCCUUCUGCAAUGGCGGCCUGCUCGUGGCCAUGGUCCUCUUCUACUCCCUCGCCAUCGAGCACCACGGCCUGGGGUUCGACCCCCUGCGCAAUGGCAUCGCCUUCACUGCGUUCGCCGGCGCGGGAUUCAUAUUUCAGGUGUACGCGUUCAAGAGGGUGCUGGCGUGGCUGGGCGUGGUCAAGAUGUUCACCGUCAGCGCGCUGCUGCUCUGUCUGGGCUCCGUCCUGCUGCCCAGCACCGCGUUCAUCUACUGGAUCCUGGGGGUCAACACGACGGCGACGAUCAUCGUGUGGGUGGCGCUGACCAUCAUCGUGUGUGUGGUGAUCGCCACCGGCUUCAUGUGCUACCUAUCCACGUUGGGCGCCAUGCUCAGCAACGCGUGCGAUGACACGCGGCAAGGCCUGACCAUGGGCCUCAACCAGAGCAGCUCCUCGCUCUUCCGGGCGCUGGGUCCGUUCAUCAUCGGGAUCGUGUUCUCGGUGGGUGUGGCGCUCGACUUCCCCUUCUUCGGCUUCUGGAUCCUGGCCGCCCUCUACCUGUGCUCCUUCCUCGUCCUCGUCCGCAUGAGCCCGCUCGAGCGUUAUCGCGUGGGGGACAAGGCCGCCGAGGUGCUGGUGGUUAAGGAGGACGACGAGGCCGCGGCGUCGAUGGAGAUGUUCGUCAUCGGCGAAGAUGACGACGACGAACUACACGACCAGUACGACAGCGCCUUCAUAGGCCAGAAAAUAGCAUCACAAAGCAACAACACCCACAACGAAGCGCGACGUAACGAAACCGUCAAGGAGGACGAGAAGGUGGACAGAACAUGA